AUGACUUCCGUUGUGAUUACGUUGAGGACGUUGUUAAAGCUUGCCUGAGGCCCAGCUAUAGUUUCUUAGCCCCGACUAUGUACAAAGUUUCGGUUAAGGGAUGAAGGCGACUUCCCUCCUCCCCCGCCUCUUUCAUUCAGGGGUCCUCCCAUCAUAGAGACGAGCCAUGGGGACCCAAAAGACAGUUCCUUCGCCGCUUCCGGUGGGAAGGCGUUCUUAAGCACCAUAGAGAGGCCGCUGCGUAGCGUGGCUGCCUGGCUGGGUAGUGGGAGUUAAGGUGCUCGGCGGACGCUCCGUCCGGGCAUUCGAGGCGGUUCCUGCUCCCGAGAAGCCGGCGGGGCGAGUUCGUCAAGAGGCCGGAGCGGGAAAUCGUGGUUAGCGGGAACCCGGGGGGGCGGCGGCGGCGGCCAGGGGGUGAAAGAGGAAAGUAACUCCCUGUAAAGGGGAAGUGAAGGAAAGCCGCUUCGCCGGCAGAAAAGAGGAAAGAGGCGCCCCACUUCUCCCUUCCCAGUCCCUGUGGGGGCGGACGGGGGUCCCCCCCCCUGUGGGUCCGGUGGUGGGGAGGGAGGGAAGAGAAGGGGCUGGAAGUCCUGGGACAGUGAAGAGUGUGUGUGUGUGGGGGGUCGGGGCAGAGCAGCAUCCUGUGUUAAGGGGAGGAAGGCGCUUCCCUCCAGGAAGGGAGCCUUUUGGGCAGUAAGGUGUAGUGGUGGGAGCCCUGUGUAGGGUAAAAGUAGGGGGUGCGGACCCCUCGGAGGACUCGGGGCCCCGAUGGCCGCCGCCGCCGCCGCCUCCGUGCCUGCAGGGAGUGUCUAUGGGGGCCCCCUGAACCCGGUGACGACCCUCCACGAGGAGGCGGUCUGCGCCAUCUGCUUAGACUAUUUCAUCGACCCGGUGUCGAUCGGAUGUGGCCACAACUUUUGCCGCGUCUGCAUCACGCAGUUGUGGGGCGCAAGCGAAGGUCAAGGAGGGGAGGAGGAGGAGGAGGAGGAAGCCGAAGCCGCGGAGGAAGGAGAGGAGGUGGGGACCUCUGGUUCGGAUGGAGGCUAUGGGCCUGCUUCUGAGGAUGGAGGUGGGGAGGAGGGAGGCAUAGACGACCUCCCACGGGAAGAAGACGCCGAAGAUGAAGAGGAUGAUCUCGAGGAUGAUGACUACUUGGACGAUGGGGGUAUGGAAGAGGAGGAGGAGGAAGAGGAUGUCUCUAGGCACGAGUAUGAUGGUGACGAUGACGAUGUGUGGGAUGAAGGAGAUGAUAGAGACUACUGGGAUGAGGAUCCUGGAUCGGAUGAGAUGUGGGAUGAUGCCAUGGGGAGUGACUUGUUCUUUGAUAACUAUGGAGAGGAGGAGGAGGUAAUGGAUGAGGAGGAAGAGACGGAGGAAGAUGCAGAGUAUAAUGUCCCAACGCCACCGCCGCCUCCCCCUGCGCGCCAGUCAUUUACUUGCCCCCAGUGCCGUAAAAACUUUCCCCAUCGAAACUUUCGACCCAACCUUCAGCUGGCCAAUAUGGUGCAGAUCAUCCGCCAGAUGCAUCCACAACCCUUCAAGCCUGCGACUGCAUCACCGGAGACAGUGGAAUUGGAAGCGGCAGGGGAUUCAUCUGGGGCACCAUCAUCUUCAGUAGCAGGCCGAGUUCCAAGCGCUGAACGAACGCUAUGUGAGAAACACCAGGAACCACUCAAACUUUUCUGUGAGACAGAUGAGGAGCCCAUCUGUGUGGUCUGCAGAGAAUCUCGAAACCACAAACACCACAGUGUCAUGCCACUAGAAGAAGUUGUACAAGAAUAUAAGGCAAAGCUCCAAGGCCACUUGGAUCCACUGAAGAGGAAACUGGAGACUGUUCUGAAACAGAAGUCGCGUGAAGAGGAAAAGAUAGCAGAACUCAAGAACAAGAUGAAACUUGAUAUGAAAGAGUUUGAAUCUGAUUUUGAGCGGCUGCACCAGUUUCUUGUCGGGGAGCAGGCAUUGUUGUUGCACCAGCUGGAAGACCGCUACGAGGUGCUGCUAGGCACACAGAACAGCAACAUCACUCAUCUUGAGGAGCAAGGUGCUGCACUCAGCCGCCUCAUUGCUGAAGCUGAAGACAAGAGCAAGCAGGAUGGUUUGCAGCUGCUCAAGGACUACAAAGGCACUUUAGUCAGGUGUGAAAAUAUUAAGUUCCAAGAUCCAGAGAUAGCACCUGUGGACACAGGAAAGAAAUACCGGAACUACUUCCUCGUGGAUGUCUUAAUGAGAAAGAUGGAGAAGGUCUUCUGCAAAGCCCCUCAAGCUGACUUGACCCUGGACCCAGAAACAGCCCAUCCACGACUCAUCCUUUCCUCAGACUAUCGGAGUGCCCGACUCGGAGAUCGCUGGCGGGAGCUUCCUGAUAACCCAAAACGCUUCGACUCCGACUAUUGUGUGUUGGCUCUUCAGGGUUUCAACCAAGGCCGCCAUUACUGGGAAGUGGAGGUUGGAGGCCGACGGGGGUGGGCAGUGGGGGCUGCCCGCGAAUCAGCUCGACGUAAAGAAAAGGCUAACGCUGGAGGUCCCCACCAGAAACGGGAGAUCUGGUGCGUGGGGACCAAUGGCAAGAAGUACCAGGCACUGACCACCACCGAGCAGACAUCUCUGCCUCCGUGUGAGAAACUCCGGCGUUUUUGUGUCUACCUGGACUAUGAACGGGGCCAGCUGGCCUUCUAUAAUGCUGAGAAUAUGGCCCACAUCCACACUUUCAAUGCCUCAUUCCGUGAGCGCAUCUUUCCCUUCUUCCGUAUUCUUUCUAAGGGGACCCGCAUCAAAAUCUGCAAUUGAUACCAUCACUGCUGUUGUCAUUGCAUGUAGCUGGAUCUCUUCUCCUCUCCCUGCAAGGCCUCCAUCUCACAAGUCUUCUUAACCUAACCCGUUGUCCCACCUGAGAGAUCCUGGCUCCUCAUCACUCUUGGACUUUGAUGGAUAACUUACCUUGGAUUCAUUUUGGCGGGGAUUCUCCUCCUCUUCUGUGGAUCCAUUAUUGCACAAAUUUCCUUUUCUGGUGGUUUAUGAGACCAUGGAUCGAAUUAAAAAAAAUUCUUUUUUGUGGUUCAGGUCCAUGCUAGUAACAUUCUCUGUCUCUUCCCCUUUGGAAUCCUGCUAGAAGCUGGCUGCAUCGCUCUUUCUGUCUCCCGAAAGACGUCUUACUCCUGGAUCUCUCUGAGAAGGGAUGUGGGCUAAUAUUUAUUCUGGGUACAUGAUUCCUGGCUGAUGCUUGGAAGGAUCUACCAUGGUGCAGGGAAAGGGCAGAACAGUCUGCAGCUAGCUUUGAUGUUCCAGAAUUAUUCAAAUUUAUUGUCAGGCUCUCAAAUUUCAGAAACUCCUGAGAAUGCCUGUUGAUCUUAGCUUAUUUAUGAGGUCCGGACCAGAUUUUUAGUCCUGACAUAUUCUUGGAGUUGAAACCAGGCCAUGCUGUGAAAUCACAAGCUUAUUUCCAGCCUUGUUAAGCAAUCUUAUGCUCUACGUCUUGGUGGAGGUCACCAUCUAAAUACAGAAAUAGCAUAGCUGGUGAUCAUUUUAUCUCACGUAUUUCUUCUUUACUAACUACAGAUUUUUUAAAGAAAAACAUAGAGCCACUAAUUUUGUCCCACUGCUUUGUAUAUGGUUUAAUGUAAUGUCCCAGCUGCUUGUCUCCCAUUCUUUGAUGUUAUCCCUGUUGGUUUUUUACCAAAGGGAGGUAUUUAUUAACUCUCAUAGUGUGAUGUACAAGCAAUUUUUGGUCAGUGGCAGGGACAAAUGACGUGAUGCGCACUGAUGCCAUUGGAGGGCCAGGGCUCUAAGGAUGAUGUCAACCCCACCAGAACCUUUGGUGUUAGGACUGUAUCACAGCUGCCUUGCCUGCUCUCUCCAUCCCCAAGGGUUUAGAUAACUUAUUUUAAGAUGCUGUCACUUCAUAAGACUUGCAGUGCAGAAUCUUUCUCUUGCAUCCUGCAAAUGACCAGAGGCUUUAGCUGUGCCAGCUGUGGUUUUGGAUUCUUUUUGGCAUUACAGAGCUUUUGAACUAUUUUUUGCUAAAAAAGAGAGAAGACUUAAAAUGGAGAUCUAGUUUUUUGGGAAAAGUUGACUGAAUGAAUAACUAACUAAAUAAAUAAGCAAUUCUACAA